GUGUGUGUGCGUGUGUGUGUGUGUGUGUGUGUGUGAAUACGAGAGACCUCCCCUUCAGGAAUAGCUUCCUUGACUGGCAGCCAGGGCUCCUCAGUGCAAAGAUGGAACUGCAUGAGGCCACAGAAAAGAGAAUGAAGACUGGAGCAGACAAUCCAACCUUCCACUCCCAGGAAUUUGUCUCAAUUGAUUGUGGAGAUGACAGACGAAUGGAGGAGGAAGCAGAUGACACAGAGCUAAAGCACAAUAAAAGAUUGUUGGAGAGGAAAAUGGAAGAUUUGCAGCAGCUGCUGGAGAAACACCGUCAGAACAUCAGUCGGGUGUUCAGAGCUCUCUUUCUAGCAGGGUAUCUUGCCAUGGUGAUUGCAGCCUGCGUGUUGAAUUUCCAGCGGGGCAUGGCUCUUCUGGUGCUCACCCUGGUGGCCUCCUUCUUCAUGGUGUGGGAUGGGAUGAUGAGGAGGUACGAGGGUCGGCUCCAGGACGCUUUGCACCCACUAAAAAAUGCCCUCAGAAAGCAGUGGUUCUGGAUCAGAUGGGUAGUGUGUGUUGUCUUGUUGGGGGCAGUGGCAAGCUGGCUCGUCCUGGACACAGCUAAACAGGGGACGCGACCUCUGGUUUCAUUUGCUGGGCUCCUCACGUUUGUGCUGCUGAUGGUCAUUUUCUCCAGAAGUCCUUUCAGGGUUUCCUGGAGGGCGGUGCUAUGGGGGGUAGGGCUCCAGUUCCUCUUUGGGCUGCUGAUCCUCAGGACAAGGGCAGGGUUCACGGCGGUGGAGUGGCUGGGUCGGCAGGUGGAGGUUUUCCUGGCUUACACAGAUGAUGGUUCAAAGUUUGUUUUCGGUGACAAAUUUACAGACCACUUUUUCGCAUUCAAGGUCUUGCCCAUUGUGGUCUUCUUCAGCACAGUGAUCUCCAUGCUCUAUUACCUGGGCUUCAUGCAAUGGCUCAUUUUAAAGGUGGGGUUUGUCAUGCAAAUCACCAUGGGAACAUCUCCCACGGAGUCGAUGGUUGCAGCAGGGAACAUAUUUGUGGGACAGACGGAGUCGCCCCUCCUGAUUCGCCCGUACAUCUCCCAGCUCACAGUGUCCGAAAUUCACGCAGUGAUGACCAGUGGCUUUGCCACCAUUGCCGGCAGCGUCCUGGGGGCCUUCAUCUCAUUUGGGAUCCAGGCAUCGCACCUGCUCACUGCCUCUAUGAUGUCAGCACCCGCCUCCCUCGCCAUUGCCAAAACAUUCUGGCCAGAAACCGAGAUACCGCGGGUCACCGCCAAGCGAGGGUUCAAACUGGAGAAGGGGGAAGGGAGGAACUUGCUGGAAGCCGCCUGCCAUGGAGCCUCAGCCUCCAUCAGCCUGGUGGCCAAUAUCGCUGUUAAUCUCAUUGCUUUCCUGGCCCUUCUCAGUUUCGUCAACGCUGCCCUCUCCUGGCUGGGAAACAUGUUUGAUUACCCCCAGCUGAGCUUCUCUCUCAUCUGUUCAUACGUCUUCAUGCCGUUUUCCUUCCUGAUGGGCGUGGCAUGGGAGGACAGCUUCGUGGUGGGCGAGCUGAUUGGCCUGAAAACCUUCUUUAACGAGUUUGUGGCGUACGAGCGUUUGGCUGACCUGAUCCAGAGGAGGGAGGCAGGAGGGCCAGAGUACGUGGACAACAUCAAACAGUACCUCUCUGUUCACUCUGAAACCAUAGCAACAUACGCCUUGUGUGGAUUCGCUAACAUCGGGUCCCUUGGUGUGAUGAUUGGAGGGCUGUCGGCCAUGGCCCCGGAGCGGAGAGGUGAUAUCUCCAGGUGUGCGAUCAGGGCUCUGGUGUCAGGGACAGUGGCCUGCUUCAUGACUGCCUGUGUGGCAGGAAUCUUGUACAUACCACCAUUUUCAUGUGCAGCCUUUCUUGAGAAUGAGUUCAGCUCUUCCUCAGUGACUAACAGCACACAGCUACAGACCUGCUGCUUGGAUGUAUAUAAUGGGACAUCAGUGAUCAGCCCCUUCAAUGUGACAGUAGGGGGCAGCUACUCACUGGACAUACUCCACAACUGCUGCUCUGUCACUGCAUACAACUGCAGCUCCAUACUUCCGUAGAGAGGGAGGAGGAGAGGAAGGCUCUGCUGAGUGCGUCUCCUCUCACUCCCUGUCCUUUCAGACCAUUCUGUGGCAGCCGGGCUUUAAAACUCAG